AUGUCACCCGGCCGUCUAGCAUCUGAGUCGACCUUUGAGAUCAAGGAGCUGAAGAAGAGUGCAAAUGAGAAAUACAACUUUGGUGCAGUGAUUGAAGACCUCGAUCUUGGAAACAUGAGUGAUGCUGACUUAAAGGCGUUGUCUGAUGCCAUUUGGACACACAAACUCAUAGUUGUAAAGGGUCAGAAGAGCCUUGCACCUAUCAAGCAGUGGGAGCUCGUUACUCGAUUCGACCCCAAAGCUCCACAAGUUCACUCUCAUGGCGACGUAAAAACAUUUAGCAAGCAGGGCGGGCUGCUGUCAAAAGGGAGAGACGUCCUGGGUAUACCCAGUGCAGAAAAUGUCCGUCUCAUUGGGAAGGGCUUUCAAGGAGAAGACCACUAUGGACUUAGAGACGUCACACUCAAGAAAGGGAUUCUUCACGCAUGGCACAAUAACACUCCCACAGACGAAGAAUACGAAGCCGGCCAUACCCGUUUCCAACGCUGGCACAUUGACGCACCCCUCUACGCCCGCGAUCCAGCCUGGUUCACAACGCUCCGGUGCAUCCAACGGCCCACAGCUCCCACUCUGACCAUCCACUGGGACGACGGUAGCGGCCAAACCCUGGAAACAGAACCCGGUCUCACCGCCUUCAUAAGCAACGUACAAACCUACAACAUGAUGACCCCAGAAGAGAAGAACCUCGCAGAUCACUCCUGGAUCGAAUACGCCCCGCACCCCUACCAAUGGAUGAGCGACUGCAAAGGCCACCCCAACGGCCUCGGGGUCGUUAGUCAAGGCAAAGAGAAACCCCUCGCGGACCUCCCCCCUUACGACGAAAAACACGUAAAACGCUACCCAAUGGUCUGGCUCAACCCCGUCACCCACGAGCGCGCCUUCAUGGUCCACGGCAUCUGCGUGCGCCGCGCCUUUUUCCGCUCCAGUCCGCACGAAGAACCGACUGUAGUCGAUGACGUGGCUGCGAUACGCGACUGGCUGCGGCCGAUCCAGGAGCGUGUGUUGAAACCCGAGUAUGUGCUGUUGCCGAGGGUGGAGGAGGGGGAUGUGAUUAUAUGGGCGAAUUAUCAGCUGUUUCAUUCGGCGGUGGAUUAUCCGGAUCAUUGGGGGGUUAGGAGUAUGCAUCAAGCGAAUAUCGGGGCGAGUGAGGGGCCGGUUGGGCCGGUGCCUGUUCCGGGUGUUGCAUGA